AUGGUUAUGGCACCUUCUGCUAUCGCCAUUGACGACAAAGAAACCACCAUCUUGAACGACAGUAAAGUCGACUUUAUCGACCAUAAUCAUGGCGUCGAAUCCGAUGUGACUGGCUUUGCCUCAAAGGCUCUCAUCCAAAAGGUCCUCAAGGAGCAAAUUGCACGUGUCAACGUCGACACCUGCGAACCAGGGGAGGAAGAUGCCUUCUAUGUGGCGGACCUAGGGGAAGUCUACCGCCAACACCUCCGCUGGAAACUCAACCUCGCUCGUGUCAAGCCAUUUUACGCCGUCAAAUGUAACCCGGAUCCCGAGGUGCUCCGCCUUUUGGCCAAGAUGGGCACCGGCUUCGACUGUGCCUCCCGGGCCGAGAUCGACCUUGUGCUUGGCUUGGGCAUCGCACCUAGCCGCAUCAUCUAUGCUCAACCCUGCAAGACCAAGUCAUAUUUACGACAUGCUCGCAAGCUCGGAGUCACCCAAAUGACUUUUGACAAUUCAGACGAGCUCCGAAAGAUCAAGGAAUGCUUCCCGGAAGCGGAGUUGGUGCUCCGGAUCUUGACCGAUGAUUCGGCCAGUCUAUGCCGCUUCAGUGCAAAGUAUGGUGCCAGCCUGGAAGACGCAGCAGAACUUCUCCAGCUCGCCCGCGACCUCGACCUCAAUAUCGUUGGGGUGAGUUUCCAUGUUGGUUCCGGCGCCAGCGACCCGGGCUCCUUUGGGAAAGCCGUUAAAGAUGCCCGCCACGUUUUUAAUCAGGCAGCUGAGCUUGGCUACGACCUCAAGAUGCUCGAUGUGGGUGGCGGCUUUGUGGAUGAGACGUUUGAACUGUUUGCGGCCAAUCUGAAUGAAGCGCUGGAGGAGCAUUUCCCACACAAUGUUUCUAUCAUUGCCGAGCCUGGCCGCUACUAUGUCGCGACGGCCUUCACGCUGGCAACACAUGUGAUAGCCAGGCGCGAGGUGUCUGUUGAUGGCGAAGGUGGAAAAGGGUACAUGCUUUAUCUGAACGAUGGUGUCUAUGGCAACUUCUCCAACAUCAUCUUUGAUCAUCAGCAUCCUGUCCCGCAAAUCCUCUCCGCCGCGGCUGGCGGUGACAAGAUGACGGAAUAUUCCAUCUGGGGUCCGACUUGUGACGGUAUUGAUGUGAUUGCCGACCGCUACUUUUUGCCUGGAGUGGUCGACAUCGGCGACUGGUUGUUCUUUGAGAACAUGGGAGCUUACACAAAGUGCUCGGCCACCAGAUUCAAUGGGUUCAAGGAUGAUCACGAGGUGAUUUACAUUUCUAGCGAACCUGGAGCGUCGGCACUUCUCGGAUAUUGA